AUGUCUAACGUUGAGUCGAGUGAUUUAAGUGACUGGGAUCGGGCGGAGUUGUCUGCAGCGACAAAGAUGUUAACUCAGCGGUGGAAAUAUAUUAAUUCUUUAGAGAAUACACAAUGUACACAGAAUACACAAUGUAGCGGUGAAGAAAUAGUGAGCGAGAUAGUUACAGAGUUCGAAGUUGACCUCCAACGAGUACUUACGCUGAAAGAGAAAAUUCAAUCCAUAAGUCCAAGACGAUGGCGUAAGCUAAAACCAGAAUACAAGUUGACUAUUCAACAAAUUCUAUGGCUUGCAAAGAAAAUAGAAUCCAGGACUUUAAGAAGAUGGAAUAGACGAUUUCCAGAGCACGACUGGGCCCUCUUACCAAUUCCAGAGCUUGCAGAGGAAACGCAAUCGAGCAGCACAGAAGAAGAAGGCACCAUAAGAAAAAGGAGAGUACGGUGUUACCUGUGCUUAAACAGUUUUUGCGAUAAAGAUGCCUUGGAAGUGCAUUUGUUUGAUGUCCAUUUACGGAAUAUCUACAUAUGCACAGUUGAAGGAUGCAGCAAGAUGUUUUAUUCUGCAGAAUUAAGAAAUAGGCACAGCGAAGUUCACAACAUGUCAUCAUGCGUUUAA